UUCCAAUACAGCGUUCUAAAAAGUCGAAGACCCCACGGAAGACAGCCCCAUCCAAUGGGUCUUUUGAUGUAAAAUCUCACACUCAGACCGAAGACAGUUUCUGUAAACCUCAUAAGCACAGUGUGACUCGUGACUGCGUUUCUGACAGCCUUAAUAGAAAUGUCAGCUGUAGACCAACUACAGAAGACGUUGGAGAAGAAAUCAGUGAAACAGACACAGAUAAUAAGCUUCCCAAUCAAUCUGACCCAUUCGAACUGCAGGAGAAAGGCAAUGAUGCUGAAAAUGUCCCCUCCCCUCUCCUGAUGAUGCCCUUGUCUUAUGAGGAGAGGAGUUUCGUCUUGGAACAUGGCAUUUUUCUGGUGAGAAACUAUGAAAAAAUGAGAGACAGACAGGCAUUGCUCCUGAGGGAGGAGGUGACAGAGCGAGAGAAUGAAAACAAAGAAGAUGGAGGGAGCAGCCAAAGUCAGAAAGGGGAUCUGGAAGACUCCAGCACUAAGUCAGGCCAGCACCUCACUCACUCGAGCACACAGUCUGAAAACAGACUCGGCGGCGAGGGAGAUGAGGAGGGGAGAAGUGUACGGAGCAGAAACCUCACGCAAACACUCCAGGGGAUCUAUGACGUCAUUGUCAGUCACAAGGGGUCAUCUGGACAGUCCCUCGCCGCACCUCUGCUGAACCUGUGCUCCAGAAAGAGAUCAGGCUCGGCUCCUGUUGAUCUUAGUAUGUUGCAGAGGCAGCUCCUCUCAGGCCACUAUGAGAGUCUGGACACCUUUCAUUCAGACAUGCUGAAGGUGUUCCAUUGCGCUGAGAAAUACUACGGUUGCGAGUCCUCAGUGGGUCGUAACGUGAGGCAGCUGAGGGAAGUGUACCAUAGUGCUCAUCGGGAGGCCUUAACUCAGAUCGGCAGUUUCCUGUGAGUGACAAAAAACACAUCAGCAGCCUCUAUCAGGGCAUUGCUGUGACCAAUCCCAGAGGCAUGAUGGGCCUUCCAGAAGGCAGAUAAUGCUCUCCGAUACCAAAGACCUGCUGUAUAUUGCACUCACAGAUGCACUGUACAGGUUAAGACAGCACUCCUGGAAAUGCCAUUUGUGAGCAUGGACACGGCUGAUGCUUGACAACAUGAUUAGUCGAAAGCCCCUCAGCCUUUCUUUCUCUCAGGGAAAAGAAAGUCAAGCGAAGAAACAGGAGACAUGAUUAAACAAAUCAACAUCUGAGACCCCAGAUCCUUUCAUAUA